AGGAUACCAAAUACUAUACAAAUUACUUGGAAUGGAAUUGUACCCUCCUCACGCGGAAAGGCGGUCCGAUACAUCGAAAUAAUUUAUAUUAUUAUGAAAAUGCUACAUAUUCAAAUAUAAACUGCAUAACGUACCCAUCCGUUGAAAACAAAGCAAAAGGCAGCACGCUGCUCUUUGAAUUGACGAACGGAGACACUGAAUGUGCAAAUCUGGUACCAACCCGGAAUUUUACAAUGAAAAAGGACGGCACCUUAACGGUGAAGGUUUUUAUCCAAUUCUACAAUAAAAAUCUUUAUACAUUUUGGUGUGAAAGAGUCGACAAUGAUACCAAAAGUAACAGCAUAGUUUUGGAAGCAAAUUUAACUAAUGUGGAAGAUAGAACACUUUCUCAAUUUUUUGCCGCUGCCACUAUACCCGUACCAUCAUUGGAUGGCGAAUUCGAUUGCUUUUUAAGAGGAGAUGCAUUCCCUUAUAAUGAUACACGGAGAAAUAUGUUGAUCGAUCCCAGUGACGUAAACAGACCAUGUCACGCAAGAGUUAAUUUUAUAAAUACAUCAUUUAAACAUACAUCGAAACCUGCAUCUACAGAGGUUGAUGCUUCUAGAUGGAUCUACGUAGGCGUGGGCGUGGGCCUGGUGAUUUUGUGUGUAGGAGUAGCGGCAAUAUUUCUGUAUAGGAGAAAAUGGAGGCGGAACAUAACUGUAUCGGGCACUCAGGUUAACUAAUGGGUGCCAAUGUAUCAAGCUUGACUCUGGAUCAUUCUUUGUUAUUGGGAGGGAGCUCUGGACACUUGUGACUCUUACGCAUCGAGUAUAUAACCAGAAACAGAGACGAAAUAAGGGCCAUCCAUCCCAUUCAUCAGGCAAAUGGGCCUUAUCUCACUUUUAAAUACAACUCUCGUUUGCAC